UAACCUCAAAUUAUUUUGUUGUAAUUUUAAAAUUUUUGAAUUAUGUUGCAGGUGGAAAAUGUGGAUCACUAUUUUAAUAAGAAAUUCUCAUUUCGGCCCAACAGCAAGUGGUCAUUACCGAGGGAAGCGUACAAGCAUCCACCCGAACCCAUCGAAUCUUUACGGGACAUGAAAGUCAGCCUAAACGCCUGCAAAGGACAGCUGAACCGAUUCGCGUUAACGGAAUGGUCGAAUCACACAAAAUUCACCGACCCCUCGAGUUCGAUCAUCGAAACGAUAUCGAGCACGUGCAAAGUGGAGCUUCUCACGCAGGCCUGGUGUAAGUUCUACGAGUGCCUGUACAAUUAUCCGAUCGUUUCGCGUACGUCGAUCGAAACUCGAACACUCAACAGUCUGCAUCUGUGCGAGGCACCCGGCGCGUUUAUCAGCGCCCUGAAUUACUUUCUCUACGCGAAGCAUCCGUGGAUCAAGUGGCGAUGGAGGGCGUCCACCCUAAAUCCGUACUACGAGGGCAACAGUCUGGACGAGAUGAUCUACGACGACCGUCUAAUUCGACGGACCCUGCCGAACUGGGAGUUCGGUCCGGACUUGACCGGCGACCUGCGAACGCUCCACAACCACGAGAGCGUGGUGGCGAGCUGCGAGGGGAUUAUGCUCGUUACGGCCGACGGCAGCACCGACUGUAGCGGGGAUCCGGGCGAGCAGGAGCGGCACGUUCACUUCUUGCACUACUGCGAGGUGAUGACCGCCCUGAAGGUGCUCGGCGUGCACGGUAACUUUGUGCUGAAGCUCUUCACGAUGUUCGAACACGAAACGGUGUCCCUCAUGUUUUUGCUCAACUGCCUGUUUUUAGGGGUGCACGUUUUUAAACCGUGCGCGUCGAAGAGCGGGAACUCGGAGGUGUACGUCGUAUGUCUGGAUUAUCGGGGAUACGAUACCGUACCCGAGGUUCUUCGGAAGACUCUCAUGCUGCCGUACGGCGACGGACACGGCGAAAGCGUCAUGUUUCCCCUCGACGCCGUCAGUUGCGACUUUGUCCGCCAGGUGGAGGACUGCGCACGUUUAUUCAUGAACUGGCAGCGCGACCACAUCAAUUCGAACGUCGAAAUGUUCCGUACCGAGGACGAGGACGUCCUGUGCCAAAUUCGCAAUCGGAAGGAAUCCGUGGCCGGUGGCUACGUCCGCAAAUUUCGAAUACCGAAGGGAAUUAACAAGCGAAGACGAUUGAUGAGAAGCGGCGCAAGUCGGUUCGUGCACGAGGAGGAGCCGUGCAGUGUGGCGCUUCCAGAGUUGACGAUUAAGACAGGACGUGCGGUUUCGGUCGUUUAUAAGUCAGAAUUUGGACACGUCACUCCGAAGAUCGGCGGGGACGACUUAAUUUUUGCCGCGAUCAAGUCGAACCUGCCGGAUACGUAUGCGAGCAUUACAGGUGCUUGUUUUUCACCUGACGAUCCGCAACACGUGAUGCAACGUGAGUUUCUUUCGUUGGUUAGGAAAUGCUUGGAUUGCUCGUGCGACAUCGUGAUUUACGGGGUGGCACUACUGACGCGGUUUUUAGUAGGGGUGGUGUACAUUUUGGCGUCCGGGUUCGAAUCGUUUGUGACAUACGAGAGUGGCGCGAUUUUAUUUAGUAAACGACGUGACAGUAUCGACAGAAUUAAGGGGUGCUUCGAUGAGAUUAGUCAAGUUUACGCCAGCCUAAAAGGGGACAAAUUUCCAGUGGACAUUCUAGAAGUUGUGGAUAAAGAUUUUUGCUUGCAGACUCGCAGAUUUCUGAUCUUCGAGUAUGAUGUGUUGCCUACCAACAGGCUACAAACUCAUCGGGUGCCCUAAUUUUAGCUAUUUCCUUGAAUCUAAGAUUAUGCAAAUACGACUAAGUACAUGAAGGACACCAUUAC